AUGUCUUACUUGGGGUUGGUGGCUGACUUGGCCAUGAUUGUUGGACCCUGUGUGGGUUAUAUGGAUCAAAUCCGAACCAUUCGCAACAAAAGAUCAAGUGGAGGAUUUAGUAAAUUUAUUAGUUUGAUUUUACUGGUUGCAAAUAUUCUUCGUUGUUUCUUUAGAUAUUACAAGGAGUUUGACAAUGUAUUACUCUAUCAAUCCAUCCUCAUGAUUGGUUGUCAAUUAGUAUUAAUUUUUGUGUGUAUAAAAUAUCCAUCGUCGGAGACAGGAUCAAUUUUCACACAUCCCAUCAAAAGUUUCUGGAACUGGAGUGAUUUCUUGAGCUAUUUCAUUUUCCUUGUAAUAUUCACUGUGUGUACUUCUGUGAUUUCUUUCAUUUUCCAUCCAAUACUACAAGAUCUCUACACUGAAAUGAUUGGAACUGUUGCUUUAUUUACUGAGGCUAUUUUGGCUGUGCCUCAAGUGAUUAGAAAUUGGCAAACUGGAUCAGCAGAUGGUUUGAGUUGGAUUUUGGUAGGCACUUUCUUUUUGGGAGAUUCUUACAAGACUGUUUAUUUCUAUCUCAAAAACCAACCCUUUCAAUUUGUCUUGUGUGGCUCAUUCCAACUAUUCAUUGAUUUUGUGUUAGCUUUCCAAAUGUUGAGAGAUCAAUCAAAGAAGAAGCAACAGCCACGAGGAGGAUUGUUAGGAUAUUAA